AUGGUUCCGAUUUUAUUAUCAUCUUAUUUGAUUGCUGUUGCUUUUGUAGUUGCAGAUAUACGAGAAGGAGAAGAGCCUAAUAAAAUAUCUUUUGAAGAAAACGCACAUUCAUUUAUACCGUCCGAAUUAAAAAACGCUGUUGAAAACCUUGAUAUUGAAAACUCUUUACAAGAAGUGGAAAAUAUAGCAAUUUCAGCCGAAAAAUCUCGAAAAGAAGGCAUUCUUCCCACUGAGUAUGCUGAUGAAUUACACAAUCGAAUGGUUGUAAUUCUUGAGGUCAUAACAGAACAGCUAAAAGAUAAGAUCAAUGCGUAUAGAUUCCUGAAUUCCAAAGGAGUUGAUAGAAUAAUAACACCAAUAAUUGGGAUAAAUCACGACCCUUUAAGGAAACAGCUGCUAAUUUUAAUCAAAACUUUAUUCAACGUUGCACCUAUAACAACGAACGCUUUGAUACCGAUUAGUGUUGUCGAUAAAUUGUUGGAUAUUUUCGAGAACGAUGAUAAUUUAGCUUUGAAGGCGCAUGCGUUAGACAUAAUGUACGUCUGGCUACCGAAUAACCCUGUUAUUCAAGCUCGUGUUAUGAAGCUAAAAGGUCUAGAGUCCUUCUACAACCAAAUUUCAAAAUUGGACAUCACCGUCAUUCACACUUUAGUGGACUUGUUCAACAAGAUCCUCGCAGAACAUGUAAGGGCCCGCAAAACCCAAACUCAAAGAAAUAAAGAAGAUUAUGAGAUGAUGCAAAUCUAUCAAAUGAUUGGACUCAUAGAGCGAAUGUCUACUCCACAAGUAUGCAAUGGACUUCUCAAUAUAUUAGAAGCUCUCAUGUCUUUUAAAAAUGAUCAUAUACAAAUUUCACCAUUAAUAUUUGAACUCGUGAAGAACACCAAGCCGUUUUGCUUAAAAAUGUAUAAAGGGAAUGUUAAAGCGAUAGACUUGUUUGAAAAAUUAUAUAAAUUUGUAUCGAAUUGGCAUAACAGAGAUUUGAUGGUCAGUAUUGGACUUAAUAUAACAGAAGUGAUUACGGUUAUAGAAGAUUUUGCAAUUAAUUUAAAGGAACAUGAGAAUAGGGAUGAAUUUUAAUUAAU